AGCUACUGCUGGUCUGCAGAAUUUCCUGGUCCGCCGAUGAUCUCUCUGAAUGCUAACUUCCUACCAAAUCAAUCAGACGCAGUUCUGGUGGUCGGCUCUGCCUUCAACCUCAGUUGCCGUGGUGAUGGGUCAGUCUACUGGUCCAGCUCUGCAUUCCGUCUACAGUUUAUAGACAGAUUGCCAGAUCCAGUGCAGGUGAGCACGGCAGACCCCCGACACACCGGGACGUACCGCUGUGGGUAUGCCAACCACAGCCUGGAGCACCUGUACACGUGGAUCCACCUGUACGUCACAGACCCAGCCCACCCCUCCAGUGUCUUCAUCACGCCUCGCAGCAGCGCUCCCAGCCUCAAGGAGGGCCAGGACUACCUGUUCAGGUGUCUGCUGACCGACCCAUCCAUCACAAAUCUCACCCUCCAGUCAGAGGAUAGAGGGAGGAGCCUGCCCCCAGGUAUGAACGUGACUUUUGACCCUCGAAGAGGAGCGCUGAUCCAACACCUGCAGAGGUCCUUUAAUGGACAUUACACCUGUUCAGGUUGGAAGGAUGGGAAACAGUUCAGAUCCACACCUGUGAACCUGCUGGUGGUCCCCAGGCUGCGUCACCCCCCCUCGCUGUCUGUCAGUCAGGAUGAAUUUGUCCGCCUGAGAGGAGAGCUGUUUGAGGUCACCUGUCUGAGCAGUAACCCCUCCCACUUCUACAGCGUCACCUGGACACACCCACGGAUACAGAAACUGAAUGUCACCAUGAGGCGUCAGUAUAGCAACAGCCACAUGCACAUCAACAGCACGCUGAGCGUCUCUGCUGUCCGCCGGACACACAGCGGCCUGUACACCUGUACAGCUGUCAAUGAGGCUGGAGUCACCAUGGCAACGACACAGCUCAGGGUGCUGGAUCGGCCGUACCUGAGGGUCUACCUGCUGCCCGUGCAGCACGCUAAUGCCAACACCAGGACCGCACAGGUCAGCAGGGACCGCUUCACUAACAUCACUCGUAGUUCUCUGGAUGCUAAUGGAGAACUGAUGGCAAAUGUUUGCACUGAGGGAACACAUGUGAAUGGGACUAGCAGCUUUAACAUUAGCAGCAGCACCAGAGUGGAAGCGUACGAAGGCCGAGACGUGAUGCUGACCUUUGUGAUGGAGGCAUAUCCUCCAAUUAGGAGCCAGCGCUGGACCACACCAAAGCCCAUCACCAAUGACAACACCACAGUGUACCAGGAGAGCUACACUACUAAUGGCUACAGGUCAGAGGCAACCCUGCUGCUGCGCCGGGUGCGUCAGGAGGAUCGAGGUCGAUACUCGUUUCAUUUUGCAAACUCAUUCUUCAACGACUCGCAGCACAUUGACCUCAGGAUCUAUCGUUCUCCAACUGUCGCCAUCACUUUGGAGAACAACACGCUGACCUGCAGCAGCUCUGGAUAUCCAUUACCCACAAUCCUCUGGCUCACCUGCCCCGGCGUCCGAAACACGUGUGUGGACGUAUCCACCUAUCAGGAGGCUCCUGUGGAUGUGACCUCACAGGAAGACGAGGAGGUGAGGACACACCUCCCUGUGUCAGCUGAUGAUGAUGUCACUGUCGAGUGCGUCGCCUACAACCUCGUAGGAGAGUCUUGUGUUGUCUUCAAUCCUCGCCUGGCAGGACCUCGGACCGUCUUCACGCCGGCUCUGAUUGGAGCUCUGAGUGCCAUCGCUGUGCUCUUCCUGCUCCUGUUGGUCAUCUUUUACAAAUGCAGACAGAAACCCAAAUACGAGAUUCGCUGGAAGAUCAUUGAGAGCACUGAUGGAAACAACUACACCUUUGUCGACCCCACCCAACUGCCGUACAACCAACAAUGGGAGUUUCCUCGAGACAAACUCCGCCUCGGUGCUGUGCUGGGCUCGGGGGCGUUCGGGAAGGUGGUCGAGGCGACGGCCUACGGCCUGGAAACCGACAACAAGGUCACCAGAGUCGCCGUGAAGAUGCUCAAACCGAGCGCUCACUCGGAGGAACGGGAGGCUCUGAUGUCGGAGCUGAAGAUCCUCAGCCAUCUUGGUUACCAUGACAACAUUGUGAACUUGCUGGGAGCCUGCACUCAAGGAGGCCCAAUGCUGAUGAUCACAGAGUACUGUAGCCACGGCGACCUGCUCAACUUCCUGCGGGCUCACGCUCAGGACAUCAUGGCGUCCAUGUUGAGUGUGGACAAAGUGGAAGACGAGGCCUUCUAUAAGAACGUGGCCGCCCAGAACGCCAGGCUGCGCAGUGACAGCGGGAUCUCAUGCUGUUCAGAGUAUCAGGAGAUGCAGCCGGUUCUGAGUGCAGGACAGACACACCUGGGUGCACACACAGACAGUCUCUCUGUCGGUGAUCUCAUGAGGUUUUCUUACCAGGUGGCUCAAGCCCCUGAGAGCAUCUUCCAGUGCGUCUACACGCUGCAGAGCGACGUCUGGUCUUAUGGAGUCUUACUGUGGGAGAUCUUCUCUCUAGGUAAGAGCCCGUACCCCAACGUUGCCGUGGAUACCAACUUCUACAAGAUGAUCAAAGAUGGCCGCCACAUGCAGCGGCCAGACUUUGCUCCAGCAGAGAUGUAUCGCCUGAUGACACUCUGCUGGAGUCCAGAGCCCACCGACAGACCCACCUUCAAAACAAUUGGCCAACUCAUCAGCAGGCUCCUCCCCUCCAACAAAGAAGCGCCAUCGCAUGACGGCGAGCAGGCGACGUACCGGAACAUCGACGAGUGCACAGAAGAAGAAGAGGACGAAGUCGGAGGAGAAACGCUGAAGAGUCGAGAAGAAGAAGAAGAGCGCCACGAUGACGAGGGGGCUGGGCCAACGACCAAGAACAUCUACCAGCUGUCGUAAUCCUCUCAUCCAAUCAGAACACUGCGAACGAGAUGACGUCAUGUGACCGACAAGCACCAAAACAUUCAAACUGAAACCUGAUUUGCAGUGAAUCGGAGCCACAGAGAUGUCAGCUGCCGACAGACUGUCGUUUCCUGAACGUCUUGAAGCACAAAACAUCGUUUACCAACAAAACAUUACAUUUUCAAUGAUAGAAGUACGAUUUGUGACGAGCCAGAAACGGUAACCAACAUUCUCAAUCCUUCAAUUAUAAAUGAAACCUGAUAAAGAUUUCUUUAAAUGGCCGCCGACUAAACUCUGUCAUCAACAUUUAAAAAUAUAACAGCUGUCAAACUCUGUACAUUUAUCUUAAGAAUGUAUUUUCUGAUGAGCAAAGCCUUACAUUAAAGAUGAUGUCAAACAUUUGAA